AUGGCAUUCCUGAGGUUUAUAUCACGCUCCGCUUCAGCCAGGCUGUAUCCAACCACAAAUAUCAGGUCUUUUGCCACAAAUCCUUCGAAAUGGAACACUUCCCAACCCGGCAGCGACACUGAAACCCCUAGAAAAAUUCCCUUCUCGGCUUUUAAAAGACCACUGGCCAAGGUUUUUCUUGGCUCGUUCCUCACGUACCAAAUCAUCUAUGUGAUAUGGCUGCAACUCGAAUGCGAAGAGUCCAAGGCCAUGAUGCAAAGGGAGUUUUCAAGGCUAGAGAAGGAGGCCCGUGAUUUGGUUGCUGCAAAUGACGCUAAAAAGUCCUGA